CUUAGCAACCACUUGGAGAGAGAGAAAUCAGGAAGCCAAGAAAAUGGCAGUUGGUUCUGGAGAGAAGAAAACAGAACCAUGAGUAUCUCUCUCAGAAGAUUUUCCAAAGAGAAGACUUAGAAGAAAAAGGGCUGCACCAUGGCAGAUUCUUUAUCUUAUAGGGAUCCUAUAUCUUCUAGUGUAGGAAGAAGGAUGAUUUUCACAGGUCCCGAAGCUAAAAAAGAUUAUAAACCAAAAAUUCCUUUAUAUACUAAAUAUAUUGGGGAAAAGAGCCCAGUAUUAGAAACAACUACUGAACUCGAUUACUUAUGGAGACCUGCCCCAAACAAGAAUUUUAUAGCAAGAGAGAAACAUUUCUAUGUUGGUGAAAUUGGUUGGGGCAUACCAGCAUUGAGUUAUACCAAUGAUUCAAGACUUCAGACAGGUUGGAACAAAAAGCAAGGAGAAUUUCACAAAGCUGCAGAGGACCUGCUCAGUCACCGGUACCAAAAUCCAUGGUACCCUAACCCUCAAAUUCUGGAUCUACAAGGAGCAAGUCGAUCCUAUCUUGCCUGGAAUAUCGGUGAUCAUGAGAACAUCUCUGAAAGACAUUCCAAGUGGGCUAAUAUCGUCAGGAACCUGAAAAGCAUGAGAUAUUCUAACUGCUCAUCAAUAUCCAAAGUAGACCAAAAGAUAGCUUUCUCUCAAGGAUUAUCGACUUCUCCAAGUCACUCUGAGUCCCAAGAGCAGUAUCAUCAAAGUGCUGUGGAGGAUUCCCAGAUUCAAAAAUCCAAUAGCGCACAAACCGAACCGGUUUCUGGAAAAGAAAAUGCCACGAAAACCCCAUAGCCCAUGAAGAAAGAUGUAGUGACAAUGUGUAAUCUGGACAGAGGGCCUCAAUCUCAAACCGUACAAGUGACGGUCUAGAUGAGAAGAUGCUUUCCUACAAAGACUGUUAGGUUGAGUAAUUCUGAGUGUCAAUAAAAUGAUUUUUCAAAAAACUGUUAAGGAAAAGUUCCUUGAAA